AUGGAAGAAGUUAAGAAUGAAAUUACUAAAAUAAAACAACAAAUUGAUCAAGGAAAAUUUAUUCAACUUACUCCAGCAGUUGUUAUGUUAAUUAAUGGACUUAGUCAUCCAGAAUUUUCCUUUUGUGAUAUGAAAGAGAUGGCAGCUCCAAUUAAGUGUUUAAUUAUUACACAAGAAGAAGAUGGAGAAGAUGAACAAAUGAAGAAAGAAAACAAUGAUAUUUUAUUACUUGAAUUUUGUAAAUAUUGUCAAUUAGAAUCAUUGAAAAUACAAAACAUUGGUGGUUGUGUUGAUUUAACAAAAGAUUAUAUUUAUAAGAACCUUAAAACUUUACAUUUAGAUAAUAUUAUUUUACAAUCUAUUUCAUUGUUAAUGAAUAUACCAACUGCUAAAUGGGAAAAUUUAGAAGAAUUUUCUUUAACUAAUUGUGGACUAACUGAAUUAGAAGAUAUUUUUAAUGAAGUUGUAUUCCCAAAUUUAAGAGUAUUAGAUGUUAGUAAUAAUAAAAUUGAAAAGAUUAAUAAUAUCACAGAACGUCCUCUUGACGCUUUUAUUGCUGAUAAUAAUCAAAUUACAUCAGUUUAUAUAUCAAAUCCAUUGUCUAUUUCAGUGUUAUCUUUUGAUAAUAAUCAAUUAAUGGAUAUUAAUAUAUUUAAAAAAUGUUUUAAUUUAAGAGAACUUAGUUGUGCAAAUAAUAGAAUAUUAGAUUUAAGUAAUGUCCAAUAUGUGUUUAGAAAAAUGUUUAAUAUUAAAUCAAUUAUAUUAGAUGGAAAUGAUAUUUGUAAUAUUGAUGAUUAUCGUGUUGAAAUUUGUAAAAAUUUACCACCAUUUAUGUUUGAAGAAGAUGAAGAUGAUUUUGGAACUCCUCAAAUUUCAUUAAAUGUCUCUUUAGAUGGUCAACCAUUUACUCAAGAUGAAAUAUAUUCUGCUAAAGAUCAAUUACCUAAAGAAGAUACUAAUGAAGAACAAAAAUUUGAUGAGAUGGAAGAAGAAAAAAAUGAAGAUGACCAAAACUCAGUUUCAAUUAGUUCUGCUACUGCAGUUACUUCUGUUAUUAAUCAAAAAUUAGGAGCAAUGUAUCAAUCAACUUCAAUGGAUUAUUCAAAAACUAUUGAUAAAUCAUCAACAGAAAUUACUGUUUUAGAUAAAUUGUUAUCUCUUGACGUUAAUAGUGAUAAAGAUGAAUUAAGUUUAAGUUUCGAUGCUAAAUUAGAUGCUUUUACUUAUACUUCAACACCUGAACGUACAGGAGAUGAUUCAAGAAGUAUUAAAAGACUUGAAAUGGAAAAACAUACUGAAAGAAUGGAAACAAUAGAGUAUGUUAAAAAUAUUGUUGACACUAUCAUUAAUCCAAAUAAACAUGACCUUAGAGAUGUAAAUAAUGCUGAAAGAAUUAUCAAAAAAAUUAAGAACUUACUUUGUAAAUGUGAUAAUGCUAAUGAUCCUGAUGUUGCUAGAGUAAUGAAAGAAACACCAAUGCCAAAAGAUGGUAUUCUUCCUGGUGAUAGAAUUAAAGCAGUUACAAAUAGAGUUACAAUUGAUGUAGAUGAAUUAGUUGAAAUGCCAUAUGCAGAUUUUGAUAAUAUUCUUUCAUUAUUUAAUACAGAAAACUUUGUUGAAGUUGCACUCCAAAGUGAUAAAAGAAAAUUAAAAUGGGAAGUAAUUCUUCCAUUUGAGAUUCCUUAUGGUUUUGAAUUAUUAACUAAGUUGAUUAAAAUGUAUACUGAAAAUAAUCAACCUCCAUUAAGAUCUGAUAUGGAAAUUGACUACAAUAAAUUUAAUGCUAUUGCCCCUAAAUAUUUCGAUGGGGUUAAACAAGAUGAACGUCAUUUAGUUUCAGGUGAUGGAUUAAUUGAUCCUAUUGCAUCUGAAAUUAACACCCGUAUUUUUAACAUAAUCACAUACCAUCAAGUUCCUAUAAUAGAUGAGCCAAUUCCAGACUCUUCAGAAUUAAUCCGAAGAGGUACUACAACUACAACAUCAAAGAAAUUAGGUUCAAGUUUCAGUGGUCGAUUGUUUAAAUAA